AUGACUACUACGUUGCUUUCGCCUGGCCGCCUCGGUGUCCGCGCGCUCCAGGCGCUCUGUUCUGUGCUGGCCAUGAUCUUCACUUCGCUUGGUUACAUCAAGUUCACGUCAGGCCAACUGAGCAGCGGAUCGGCCAUCUACACCACGAUCGCCUGCUACUCAGCUAUGCUUUGUGGUCUCUACUACGUCAUUCCGGUUGGCGUGCUCAAGCUGACCUCCAGUGCUCCUAAGGUGCUGUACCAGCGUGUCGUUGACGGUGCUUUGGUGAUCGCACUCCUGGUCGCCGGCAUCGUGCACGCGACGUCCGAUGCGGUCAAGGACUGCUCGUCGUACAACACCAUGUUCGAGACUUACCACGGCUCAGCACUCUUCCGCUGCGGCAACAUGACCACUGCCAUCGUGCUCACGUUCGUGACGUGUGGGCUGUUCCUGGUCACACUCGUGUGGAGCUUCGUGCGUGACUCGUGCAAGUCGGUGAACGGCGACAACCUGCAGACUGCUCUGACUGAUGACAACGGCUACGCGAUCGCCAGCACUCCUGGCAAGAAGAACGGGCCAUCCAGUGCUUCGCGUGCUCCGUGGUAG